UAUUGGUCCGAAUGCAUUACCAAGUUACCCACCAAGACUUUCUUUGUAUUAUAACGGUUGCCCACAAGCGGGAAAAGCACUUCAAAAUUGAAAGCACGAAGACAAAGAAACGCUCCAAAUCAAAAGAAAGGAGAAAAAUGAGAAGAGCUUCAAUAAGGGGUCGGCGACCAAAGGAGUCCUUCAACCCACGGCCACCGCCAGCAACGCCGCUGGACCACUUCCGCCACCGAGACUCCGAUGCCAGUUUCGCAAGUAGCCGCCCUUCCUCCGUGGGGAUGGGCCCCACCUCCAACGCCCUCGACCUCUACAAAGACCGCUCCUUCCAGCAGGCCACCCUCUCCUCCAUCAAUUCCUACUUGGCCUCCCACUCUCUGCAAAUCUUCCUCAAAUUCCCGAUCCCCUCCGCCAAGGAAAUCACCGAAACCUUAAAAUUCCUCGUCGCCCGCCUCGACUACCCUAACCCCAAGCUCGAAGACGACCUCCCCGUCAUACUCAAAUUCCUCAAAUGCCCCUUCAAGCCCAACAAGUCCGUGCUCCGAAACCCUACCGUCAACCACCACCAGUGGCCUACUUUGCUCGCCGUCAUCCACUGGCUCUUCCAGAUUGUGCUCUACAACGAUCAUCUCGCUUCCAAUUCCGGCGCCUUCGUCGACAACAACGCCAUGUCUGCGUACGCGCUGGAGAGCUAUUCGUAUUAUAUUAGCGGGGAUGAUGAUUCCGUGGAGGCGUUGGAUCGGCAGUUCUUGGAGAAGUUGGAGGCGGAGAGGGAGAAUGCGGAGGAGAGUAUUAGGGUUUUGGAGGCGACCGCGGCGGAGCUGGAGGGGAAGAUGGAGGAGAUGAGGUCCGGGCCUUCCAAGAGGGAGGCGCUGGAGAAGGAGAGGGGUGUGUUGGAGCAGGAUGUGAACAAGUUCAAUGAAAUGAUUGGGAGUCUGGCAAAGAGUGUCGCGAAAUUGGAGGCCGUUUUGGAGGCAAAAGAGAAGGAGUUGGAGGCCAAAGUGGCGGACACUCGGAGGAUUUGCGAGGAGAAUGAGGAGUUGAAGAAGAGGGUGGAAUUGCAGACCUUCAAUGCCAGGGACGUGGAUAGAAUGAAGAGGGAAUUGCAGGCUGUGGAGAGGGAUAUAGGUGAAGCCGAGCUGGCGAGGAAUGCGUGGGAGGAGAAGGCUUGGGAUCUUGAUACCAUGCUCAGCCAUAAGUUUAAGGAGCUUGAGACUUUGGCUAUGGAAUGCAACCAGGCUAUGAGGAGGUUGAAACUUGGUAAUGGCUUUCAGUAUGUAUUGAAUGCUAAGGGAUCAACAGCAGCUGAUGUGAUGGGGAUUGACUACAAAUUAACAUUAAAGCCAGCACUUAACUCUUACUCUGAUGAUAUAAAGAAAAGCUCUGUGGAAAAACUGGAAGAGUUGAUUUCCCUUCAGCAACAGUCAAGUGAACUUUCUGCUACAAUUGAGGGAAAAAGAAAUUUUAUAGCGACACUUCAAUCUCAUAUUGACGAAGUGGAAGCUCAACUUAAUUUGUUGAAGAAAGAGACGCAUGACUACACUUACAGAUGUGCAAUUGAAGCCAGACAGAUGAUGGACGAUGUUCAAAUGGAGGCUCAUAACUUGGAUAUUUUGGAAAGAGACGCAGAAGAGAUUCUGAAGACGUCCAAAUUGAAAUUGCAGGAGACAAUCAAACAAACUGAAGAAGAAACGAAGAAGUGCGCUUAUGAACUCAUGACUGUUAUUGACUCGGUCUCAAAGCACAAAGAAUACGUGCAGUCUAAGAUUUUAGAAAUGAGGAGAGAUGUCUCAGAAACUGCUGUUGCGGUAUCUGACGCUCACAAAGGUUCCUUGCAAUCCCAAUUUGGUUUUCUAUCUCAUGCAAACCAGCAAUAGGUAACAACGCUCCAAUUUGUUUCUCUGUCUUGAGCCACUGUCUUGCUUGCUGUUUAUCCGGUAUUUUAUAUGCUCGUAAAAGUACCGCCGCGAUAUCAUCUGAUUGGUAAAAACUGCGAUCUUAAUUAAUUUAGUGAUCUUUGUAACUUAUUUUCAUCAAUGGAACUAAUCAGAUGGGGAAAUAGUUCACAAUUUACAAUUCGGAUUUAGGCUGUCAACUGAAUAGGAGAUUGUGGUAUUCCGAGUUUGUAUGGUAGCGGUAUUUGUGGAUCUUACAAAGCUUUACCAUGUCAACAUAUAUUGGAGCUGAAUCUGAUGCCCUUUCGAGCUAAGUUUUUAAUUUUUA